GGGGAUUGGAACACCUGAAUCCAAUGAUUGGGAGGGGAUUGGAACACCAGAAUCCAAUGAUUGGGAGGGGAUUGGAACACCUGAAUCCAAUGAAUGGGGGGAUUGGAACACCUGAAUCCAAUGAUUGGGAUGGGGAUUGGAACACCUGAAUCCAAUGAUUGGGAGGGGAUUGGAACACCUGAAUCCAAUGAUUGGGAGGGGAUUGGAACACCUGAAUCCAAUGAUUGGGAGGGGAUUGGAACACCUGAAUCCAAUGAUUGGGAGGGGAUUGGAACACCUGAAUCCAAUGAUUGGGAGGGGAUUGGAACACCUGAAUCCAAUGAUUGGGAGGGGGAUUGGAACACCUGAAUCACAAUGAUUGGGAGGGGAUUGGGAAAACCUGAAUCCAAUGAUUGGGAGG